AUGGCAUCAUCAUCAUCAUCAUCAUCAUCAUCGUCUUAUGCUAGUAAGGUGUAUGAUGUUUUCUUCAGUUUUAGAGGCGAUACACGAAAAAACUUUAUUGAUCAUCUUUAUUCAAAUUUAAGACAAGCUGGAGUUAAUAUUUUUCGGGAUGAUGAAGGAAUUGAGAAGGGUGAGAACAUCUAUGUUGAGCUAUUUAAGGCUAUCGAAGAGUCGAGAAUAUCUAUCAUCGUAUUCUCCAAAACAUAUGCUCGAUCUAGAUGGUGUCUAGAUGAACUUGUGAAGAUCAUGGAACGUAAAAAGCAGUUGAAACAUACUGUUUUCCCCAUAUUCUAUGAUGUUGAUCCUUCAGAAGUCCGCAACCAGACAGGCGAGUUUGGUGAUGCAUUAGCUCGACAUAGAGAAAGAUUUGGGGAACAAAAAGUUGAUGAAUGGAAAACGGCACUCGCUAUGGCUGCUAAUUUGUCCGGAUGGGAUUUGCAAACCAUGGCAAAUGGGGAAAGUCUCUGCGACAUGGUUGUGUUAAAGGCUUGUCGUGGCUAUACCGAUCUCUUGGAUUCCUAUUCUGCUCAGUACGUUGACGAUAGCCCAUGGUAUCGCAUCAUGAGUCGAAGUGGAAACCUGAAGUGGAGUUUUAGCUGUAAAAUGGAAAACAUUCUCAUCAAAUCGAACAUGAAGAAUGGUUAUAAUUUUUCCAGUAUUUAG